UAUUCUUUCUGCGAUUCUGUUUGCCCUGAUUAUAUUCUCCUUCUCAAUCCCAUAAACGAGAGUGGAGGCAUAUACCAUGAAAGUAAAACCCUAAUCCCCUUCGUUUAACAUCACAAAGAAACGUCUGUUGCGUCUUUUCUUUUCCCUUCUCCCUAUUCUUCUUCUUUCGCUUUUGCAACAACAUCCAAAGAUUAUUAACCUGUUUUUAUAUUUAUCUUAGAUUCUUCUUUGUUUUCUUUUCAGGAACAUGCUAUGAAAAAAGAGGAGCUUCUUGAUUCGCAGAUCAAUGGGCGUGAAGUAUGUGAGGAUGAAAAAGUGGUAAGCCAUUAAUUCUUUGUUCUAGGUUUUUUCUGAAACAGAUCCCAUAAAAAUCGUGGAAUAGAAUCAACAUAAGUAAGUAUUUUUUCCGUGUUAAUAGUAACUCACUGACUCAAUUCAUGAUUUUGUUUCUUUAUUUGAUUCUUAGGGUCGUAUGAUUUCGUGUUAAUAUGAUUUGUUUCUUUAUUUGAUUUUUUCUUUCCCGUUUAUAUGAUUUCAUGGUUAAAUAUCAUGACUGAUGAGAAGGUACAAGCAAGUACCAUUUUACCUAAAAUUGGUACUCUCAGCUUUAAAGGCUUAGAUUUUUUUGAAGGUUGAAUAACGUUUUUUGCAGCAAAUAUAAACACCCUAAUCCUAAAAGCAAAUGUGAACCAUUUCGGAAACCUGGAUUCCUUUUGAUAAGUCAUAGUAUUAGAUACUUAAAACUCAGCUUCUACUUCAUCUUCUUUUCUCUCUUUCCAAAACAAAAUGUCUAUCUUCAUGCCUAAUAUCAUGGAGAAAGAUGCUAUCGAGGAUGUCGGGAAGGGGUUGAUUGGUAUAUUAGAAUACUCAACUCCUGAUGUACGAAUUCCUUUGACCUCACUCUCAUUUUGAUAUUCGUUAGAUCUUAGUACUCACAUUUAUUCAUUUUUGUAUUCUUUGCAGAAUUGUGUAUGUUGAUGCCUAAUAUCAUGGAGAAAUAUACUUUUGAUGUCGUAUACGAGCGAGAUGUUGAUUAUUAAUUUUUUUAUACUUUUAGGACUGCAGGAAGGUGAUGGUAGUCUGCCUCAAGUGAAUGGUGUAUUGAUGGUACUGCCUUUACGUAUUACUUGAUAUGCAAUCAUCAAUUGUCUUGGAUACAAUAAAAUUGUUCUUUAAUUGGUAGGGUUUAGAUCAUGUGGAUGUGGCUCUUAAGAAACUUUUGCACGGGGUAAAUGGUGUUCUCCGUCGUAAUACAGUCAUGGCAAUGUGUUUCUCUUUUUCUUAAUGUUAUAUGUGUAUUGCAUGGUUUGGAUUUAUGACAGGGAAACUGAAAAUUUGUGGGCUACCAGAAGAACAGUUCUGCGAGCAAGCAUUUGUUCGUUAUACGAAGCAAGAUUUGUUGUACUUUCAUGGUGUGAGUGUGACGAGACUGAGCAUGGCCUUCUGUGGUACCACGAGAUGGGAGUAUAGACCACGUAGAAAUUAUGCGAGGAGUAAUUUCUCUGAACCAAAUGUGAUGGGGAAAGCGAAGGUGACAAGCGUGAUGACGAUGAAUAAGGAUCAAUACGCGGAGAUUGGACACCACAAUCCUCAAGAGAAUAAAGAAACAAAUGUCUUCUGGUGAUCACAUGAACAUGGUUCAUGUUUCAAAUGACGCCGUCUUUUCUGUUGAAAAAUGUGGCACAAACUAUCCCUUGGAUUAAAGGGCUGAAACUAAAGUAGUUACAUUAAUGGCGAUUUGUAGUUCAUUUUUUUCAAAUCUUACCACGAGUGAGUUGGGGGGAGUUUGAUGUAUUUUGGAUCUUGGGGAUUUUGAGGGAGUGUAAGAUAGUAUAGGGAGUUUGAGAGAGUUCGGUGUUUUGAGUGUAGGGAGUUUGAGAGACUCUCCCAAAAUCUCAACUCUUUUGGGAGAUUUGGAAUAAGGCAAAAAUAUACUGUAAACUCCUCAGAACUCCACAAAAAAGCCCAACUCCCUAGCA